UUGAGCGGGCCGCCGCCACUUCCUUAUCAUCAUGUAAGCUCUAGCCCUCCUCCAGAGGCUUCUCUGUUUCCUGGUUCGGGAGCCGGCAGCCAUUUUGGGUUCUAGGUACCAGAGCGGAGGCUGCCGCCGCCACCGCUGCCUGUGAGGGGAGGAGUCGAGCCCGGUGAAAAGAGAAACGGUGCCCGCGGCCGGCGCUGCUCGGUUGGAUAGGAAGCGUGACCCCCGAGGAGCUGCCGCCGGUGGGUCUGGCCGCCGCUUGCUCCGCGGAGCGAGUUCGUUCUCUACAGGCCGCGGGGCCCCCGCUGACAUGUCAAGCAUGAAUCCGGAAUAUGACUAUUUAUUUAAGCUGCUUCUGAUUGGAGACUCUGGUGUUGGAAAAUCUUGCCUUCUGCUGAGGUUUGCAGAUGAUACAUACACAGAAAGCUACAUCAGCACAAUUGGUGUAGAUUUUAAAAUCAGAACUAUUGAGUUGGAUGGAAAAACGAUCAAACUUCAGAUAUGGGAUACAGCAGGGCAAGAGAGAUUUCGAACAAUCACUUCUAGUUAUUACAGAGGAGCUCAUGGCAUCAUAGUUGUGUAUGAUGUUACAGAUCAGGAGUCUUUCAAUAAUGUAAAACAGUGGCUGCAAGAAAUAGACCGCUAUGCCAGUGAAAAUGUUAACAAGUUGUUGGUAGGGAACAAGUGUGAUCUGACCACAAAGAAAGUAGUAGAUUAUACAACAGCAAAGGAAUUUGCAGAUUCCCUUGGGAUUCCAUUUUUGGAAACCAGUGCAAAGAAUGCAACAAAUGUAGAACAGUCUUUCAUGACCAUGGCUGCUGAGAUCAAAAAGCGGAUGGGUCCUGGAGCAACAGCGGGUGGCGCAGAGAAGUCUAACGUUAAAAUUCAGAGCACUCCAGUCAAGCAGUCUAGCGGAGGUUGCUGCUAAAACUCUCCUCCCCAUUUGUUUCUCAACAACGAAUUUGAAAUCUGAACCCAAUUGAAAAAAAUUGCCUGAAUUGUACUGUAUGUAGCUGCACUACAACAGAUUCUUAUCGUCUCCACAAAGGUCAGAGAUUGUAAAUGGUCAAUACUGACUUUUUUAUUCCCCCAACUCAGUAAAGCUAACUUCAUUUUCAGAAAUGUGUUAAACCUUUUGUGUGCUGGUUUAUAAAUGUGUGUAACCCUUGUUGCUUUUCUUAUACCAGAUUGUUUCCUGUGGUUGGCUAAACUUGGAAUAUAUUUUUUUUGUUCUGAUCAUAUUGGCAUGUUUAGAUGUCAGGUUUAGUCUUCUGAAGAUGAAGUUUAGCCUUUUUUGUAUCUAACAGCACAACUGUGUCUGUCACUUUUCCAUGCAUAAAAUUAAGUAAUAUGUUCUAUGUAAAAUCUGAUUUGCUAGUUCUUUGUAGAGUUGUAAAUGGAGAGAUUACACUCUGACCUGGAUCCAAAGAACUGCACCAAUUAGUUCCAUGUGCCCAAGGCAGGAUUGGACUCUACUUGCACCUCUUCCAGUAAAACGUUUUUGAAACUGUGGCAUGUUUCAUGGGGGGUGGCUGCCAUUCAAAGGAAAGUUGUAGAUUUCUAUUGGCCACGCCUAAGACCUUGGGCAAUCCUGAAGGAGCUCUUUGGAUCCCAGAUGCUGAUUUUUCUUAAUACUCUGCAUAUAAUUUCUGGCUGCAGAACAUUGUAAUUUGUUGCACAAUAUGUAACAAACUGAAGAAAUGUUUAAUAAAUAUUGUACUUAUUGGAA